ACGGCCGCCGGAAGAGGAAGUUUCGCUGCCGAACGCUGCCUCGCUCGUCCGAAUUCGGUGGCGCCACGUCCGCCGGUCUCCGCCUUCUGCACCCCCAGCUCCGGCGGAUUUCGCCUCGACACCGUCCAGUGGCGGAGCCGGCCGCGUGGUGAGGGGCCGGGACGGGGCGUCGGGCGGCUGUGCGCAUCCUGGCCACCUAAACCGGGCGAAGAUGUCGGACAUUGGGGACUGGUUCAGGAGCAUUCCGUCCAUCACGCGUUACUGGUUCGCCGCCACUGUCGCGGUGCCCUUGGUCGGAAAACUCGGUCUCAUUAGCCCGGCCUACUUCUUCCUUUGGCCCGAAGCCUUCAUCUAUCGCUUUCAGAUUUGGAGGCCAAUCACUGCCACCUUUUAUUUCCCUGUGGGUCCAGGAACUGGAUUUCUUUAUUUGGUCAAUUUGUAUUUCUUAUAUCAGUAUUCUACACGACUUGAAACAGGAGCUUUCGAUGGAAGACCAGCAGACUAUUUAUUCAUGCUCCUCUUCAACUGGAUUUGCAUCGUGAUUACUGGCUUAGCAAUGGAUAUGCAGUUGCUGAUGAUUCCUCUGAUCAUGUCAGUACUUUAUGUGUGGGCCCAGCUGAACAGAGACAUGAUUGUGUCAUUUUGGUUUGGAACGAGAUUUAAGGCUUGUUAUUUGCCUUGGGUUAUCCUUGGAUUCAACUAUAUCAUCGGAGGCUCGGUAAUCAAUGAGCUCAUUGGAAAUCUCGUCGGACAUCUCUAUUUCUUCCUAAUGUUCCGGUACCCGAUGGAUUUGGGAGGAAGGAAUUUUCUCUCCACACCCCAGUUUUUGUACCGCUGGCUGCCCAGCAGGAGAGGAGGGGUGUCUGGAUUCGGCGUGCCCCCUGCGAGCAUGAGGCGAGCUGCUGAUCAGAACGGUGGAGGCGGGAGACAUAACUGGGGACAGGGCUUCCGACUUGGGGACCAGUGACGGAGUGGCCUCUGGCCUGCCCCCGCCCCAGCCUCUCUGCUCAUGAUGAAGUUCCUCUCAGUGCUGGGUGCGCUUAACCACCGAGUUCUAGCUAACGCUGUUGGACCUGACCCGCACUGAAUGUAGUCUUUCAGUACAAGACACACUUUUUCAAUCCUGAAGAAAAAUAUAAAGUGUUCCUCCAGUUUCAUGAUUCCCAUUCAACUCCUUCCUGCUAUGAAGAACAAAUUAUCAACUGUGCAAAUUGCAGAACUGACUAUAAUUUUUGGCGUCUUCCUUUUUUCUGUCUUGAAUAACGGGGUCCCGGCAGUUCUUGGUCUGCUGGUAUGCAGCGCGGUGUCCAGGGGAGGGUCACCAGACCUUUGUCAAAGGGACUGUUCUCUCUUACACACACGCCACUUCCCUCCUCUUCCCAGCCCCCCAAGAUUUGCAGCUAGAGGAGUUGCCCAGAAAGUGACUCUGCCUUUGACAAGCUCUUAUUUAUUGACUUUUGCCAAGGCUUCACCGAGAACUGAUCCCCACCACUCACCCCUUGGGGGUGGGCAGAACUCUCCCAGUAGGGAGAAGACUGGAGCAGCCGACGACAAGCUCUCAGCUUCUGGAAUCACUGUGACCUGCCAUCAUUGCAGUCGGUCAACACCUCUUUAGAGGUCUUCGGACAAAAAGCACCACGUAGGGCAGUCACAGA